CCUCAGCAUCUGGGUAAACAUUAAUGGGGCUCAGGACACAACAGGUCAUGUGGGCACCCAGGGGAUCUUUGACCUGCGGCCGCUCCCACUGCCUCCUCCCCACGAGUACCCUCACCACCCACGCAGGGUUGGGGUGUGUGCGGAGGCCAGCCGUUUCUCAUCCAGCCUUCACCAGCAUAUCUGACCUUGGUGCCUGGGUCUUCCCCUGCCUGAAACCCAUGCCGAAUUCCAUUGCCGGUGGCCUGGUACCCCACCCCAGCCUGGCUACGAUCGACCUGGUGGAUAGCAGUCUGAGAAAUGCAGAAACCUCCUGUUCUAUCCCAGUCCCGGAGGAGGGCAGCAUGAACCCCUGGGCCCUCCCUCAGCUGAAGGACACCGGCCAGCUGCAAGGGCUCAGCACAGCCGCCAGGAUGCGCAGGGUGAUCUUUGGCUUCCUCAAGGCCUGCGGGCUCCUGGGCAGCCUUUACUUCUUCAUCUGCUCCCUGGACAUCCUCAGUUCUGGCUUCCAGCUGCUGGGCAGCAGAAUGGCCGGAGACGUCUUCAAGGGCAGUGUGGUACUAUCCAACCCUGUGGCGGGACUGGUCAUUGGCGUGCUGGUCACGGUGCUUGUGCAGAGCUCCAGCACAUCCUCCUCCAUUGUAGUCAGCAUGGUGGCCUCGAAGCUGCUGACUGUCCGGGCGUCUGUCCCCAUCAUCAUGGGUGUCAACGUGGGCACGUCCAUCACCAGCACCCUGGUCUCCAUGGCACAGUCAGGGGACCGGGACGAGUUUCGCAGGGCCUUCAGUGGCUCAGCUGUGCAUGGCAUCUUCAACUGGCUCACGGUGCUGGUCUUGCUGCCGCUGGAGAGUGCUGUGGCCCUGCUGCAGAGGCUGAGUGCCCUGCUCCUGGGCGUGGCCCGCCUGCAGCCUGGGGCUCGGGCACCUGACAUCCUCAAGGCACUGACAAAGCCCCUCACACACCUCAUCGUGCAGCUGGACAGCGACCUGAUAGCCAGCAGUGCCACUGGCAAUGCCACCACCAGCAGCCUCAUUAAGCAAUGGUGCGGCUGCAGCAGGGAGACGAGCCAGGGCCACAGCAAUGCAAGUGGAGCCUUCGGCCCCUGCACUGGGAAGAGCGGCUCAGCCACGGAGGACAGGCUGCCCUGCCGCCACCUGUUUGUGGGCUCGGCCCUCACCGACCCGGCCGUGGGCUGCAUCCUGCUGGCCGGCUCCCUCCUGCUGCUGAGCGCCUGCCUGGUGCUUGUCGUCAAGUUGCUCAACUCUGUGCUGCGUGGCCGUGUCGCCCGGGCUGUGAGGGGCGUCAUCAAUGCAGACUUCCCUUUCCCCUUCGGCUGGCUCAGUGGCUGCCUGGCCAUCCUCGUGGGCGCUGGCAUGACCUUCCUGCUCCAGAGCAGCAGUGUCUUCACGGCAGCCAUCGUGCCACUCAUGGGGGUUGGGGUGAUCAGCCUGGACCGGGCGUACCCCCUGCUCCUGGGCUCUAACAUCGGCACCACCACCACGGCCCUGCUGGCUGCGCUGGCCAGCCCUGCGGACAUGCUGCUCUUCGCCGUCCAGGUCGCCCUCAUCCACUUCUUCUUCAACCUCGCUGGCAUACUGCUGUGGUACUCGGUGCCUGUCCUGAGGGUGCCCAUCCCGCUGGCCAAGCGCUUUGGGGAUUUGACUGCCCGCUACCGCUGGGUGGCUGUUGUCUACCUGCUGCUCACCUUCCUGCUGCUGCCCCUGGCGGCCUUCGGGCUCUCCCUGGCAGGGGGUGCAGUGCUGGCAGCAGUUGGGAUGCCCCUCGUGGGGCUGGUGCUCCUCCUCAUCCUGGUGAACGUCCUGCAGCGGCGCCGGCCAUCCUGGCUGCCGCGCAGACUGCGCUCCUGGGCCUGGCUGCCCCUCUGCCUCCGCUCUCUGGAACCCUGGGACCACCUGGUGACCCACUGCUGCCCAGGCAGGGCCUGCAGCCGCCCCCAGACAGCCACUAAAGGGGCUCCCUGCUAUGAGGCCCCUGAGGUCCUGGCCUCCCAGCAGUUUUGAGGGUGGGCACCCAACCACAUUCCAACCCCUCAGUCUGGGAGUGGUGCCGUUGGAAAGCUGGCCUGCCACGUGUUCUUGCGGGCACGAGGACUUCUGAGGCCUGCACCCCUUUGCCAAUAAACGAGGUUGUUUCCCAGGAA